AUGGCUCACGAACACACACAUCAUCAUCAUCAUCACGAUUAUGCAAAAGCCAAUGCAGAUCAUUUUUCCGAGCAAGCCAGUAAUUAUCGUACUGAAUUGUCUAUUGAAAUAGCAAAACGAUGUGCAGCGCAUAUUCUUAAAAAAUAUCCAUUCGAUUCAAACAAAACCGAGCUACUCGAUUUUGCUUGCGGGCCUGGUCUUAUUGCAUUCGAACUUUUACCAAAUGUCAAACGCAUUGUUGGCGCCGAUUCAGCACCAGGAAUGGUAGAAGUUUUUAAUCGUACUGUGACAGAACAAGGCCUAUCGACAGAAAAAAUACAUUGUGUCGAAAUUGGUGCUCUCAAAGGUGAUGAAUCUGAUCUUGACGGAGCACUUUUCGAUGUGAUUAUUUGCGUACAAUCGUAUCAUCAUUUCGAAGAUCCAAUACAGAUUACUAAAGCAUUUGCUCAACGUCUUAAACCAAACGGACGUUUAAUAGUCAUUGACUUUGCUGAUGCUGGAAAUAUUGAAACAUUCUUUGAAAAAGUACAUGAGCAUAAACAUGAACAUGAACAUAUAGUUGCUCAUAAGCAUGGUUUUACAUACGAACGAAUGAUCGAGAUUUUCAAAGCAGGAAAUUUACAAAAUCCUCAAGUUGAAGAAGCUUUUAAUAUGCCUAAAUCCGAAAUGAAAACUUACCAAGCACAUGAACGCAUGGCCAAAGUUAUGGAAUGUGAUUUUGAUUUUACAUUUCAUUAUUUUAUUGCUUACGCUGAUAAAGCCUAA